CCUACAAAUUAAAUCAUGAUUUACGGCAUGCUUGUGACACUCUCGACGGCAAUCUAUACUACGGUGGCCACCCUUUGGCAGGUUCAACAGACCCUAAUCAAUUGGAUGAUGUCGUUUAGUCUUUUCAUUUUGGGUCUGUUCUGCAAGCCGUAUUUGAUAGUUCCCCUGUUGGCAGCUGGGUUCUUCAUGGUGCGCCGGAUCUUGCUGCGGCGGGCAAAGCGGACCCAAGCCUGGGAAUCGCCGGGUAACAACGAGUCUGGGUCGUCCAGGCAUUACUCCAUUAAAACCCCACCAUCACGCGACACGGAGAGCUCCCUGCCCAAUAGCGUCGGUGACACAUCCCAGAAGUAGUCGAGCAACGGAUAAUCACACGAUUCACACGGGUUUAUAAAACAUAUAACAUACGUCUGAAAUACUACAUACACAUUCCAUGAGAACACUCAUACAUGUGCACGGGUGUGGAUGGAUCCUAAGACUAAAGCAAUUAAAAAAUACUGCACUGUA